CCAGGUUUUAAUUGCAUUUUGGGCGCACAGCUCGCAUGGCAUAUAAAACUCGGACGCUUCGCUGCUAAGCCAGACACAGUCACUCUGAAUUAGAAUCACUUGUCCACUUGACGAACAUCUUCCUCUCUGUCCCAAUACAAUGAUUGUUCAACAACUACCGAACGUGAAGGCCGGGAUUGACUACUGGAACACACAACCAGCCAACCUCGAUGGUGUUCUUGGUGGAUUCGGAUCUUGCGCACUCCCUCGUAUUGAUGCGCUGUCGUCCCGCCAUUUUAUCUUGAAUUUAUUUCCACAGUUAUCAACUGUGCCGUCCGCGAUUCGUCCAUUAAGUGCGCAGCCACUGACGCGUCGAACUCGUGCCCUAGACGUCGGGGCGGGAAUUGGCCGGGUCACGUCUACUGUUCUUUUACAUCUAUUUUCCGAUGUCGUUCUCGUUGAGCCCGCGACCCAUUUCGUUCAAGAGGCACUUCGCAGUGUUUCAACCGCGUCAAGAACCGAUAAGUACGCUGGUGAAUGGAAGGGCGUGGCCGAUGCAAAGAAGAGUGUAACUGUCGUCCACGGAACGCUUCAAGACCUCGAUCCACGAGUAUCUCCCGAAUCGGGUGGGAAUUUGACCGUGCUCGGCCGAGUCGGAUACACACCACCAGAAAGCGAACUAGACAAAGAGUCUGGCUUUGAUGUAAUCUGGUGCCAAUGGUGUUUAGGUCAUCUGUCGGAUGAACAACUUACCGUCUUUCUCAAACUAUGCAAGGAAUCUCUCCGCUCAAAAACGAAAGGUACAGGCGAAUUAGAGGGAGUAAUAGUCGUCAAGGAAAACAUUUGCUUAGAGAAGGAGCGUGGUGUACCAAGGGUAGAAUUCGACACGAACGACAGCACCUUAAUAAGGAGUGACCUUGCAUGGAAAAACGUCUUCGCCAAUGCUGGCCUCAUUAUAGUGAAGCAGGAAUUACAGACAGGCUUUCCACAAGGAUUGUAUCCCGUGAAAAUGUAUGCUUUACGAUAGAAUGGAUUUAGAAUAUAGAGUUUACACUACUUAUUAACUGGGUUGUGUCAUUUCAAUUCGUUUUUAUCAGUUUAAUUGCUUGAUCUC